AGCUCCUCAAAGAACGUGAGAUCAAGGCCAUUCAACGUGAUCCUUAUGGAAAUAUCGAUUUGCUGCUAUCAACGGAUGACAUUGAAGAUAUCGACGAGCUGGCAAUGGCGGAUUUUUAACUGUACAAUUGUUUUUUCUUUUUUAAUAGUUUAGCUGCAUUUAAAUAGAAUCAAAAGUAUUUCUCCCACUUGUAAAAUUGUAAACUGUCCAUUUUAAACUGUUUUCCCCUUUUUCUUUUCCUGACUCUCAUGUUCAAUUUCCAUCGUGUAUCAUUCUUAUUCCCUGUUUUUUUUUCUCUGGGUAAAAUCUUAUUUUGUUCAAAAAACGUCAGCCGUCUGCACCGUCCGACUUAUGUGUGCCUUUAAGUGAAUGUUGCAAGCGCGCUCUAACGCGAAGCGGGGUCAUUCAAAAAAUCCUUCCGAUUUUUAAUUCAUUUCUCGGUUUUCUUUCUCUGAUUUUCUAGAUUUUACAACUAAUUCGACUCACAAAUGGAUGAAACUCAAAGAAGUGUGCCUGGGUCCAAUUCAAGCUUGGUUAGAGAUCCAGAAAUUGAACGUCUCGCUCCUGUUUCCGUGAAAGGCAGUGAUAAGUAUACUGCUAUCUUUCAAGACCUUAAAGCUUCCUGGAAAAAGUACACAGAUCUGGAGGAUGGAGAACGAAUUGCAGCGAUUUUGCGCGACAAUUCAGUUGAAAAUGAGGUGGAACUUUUAUCAAAAAUGUCGGAAAAUGAGAUUGCCGACUUAUUCCGAGUGAAACUCCGCAAAGUGGCUAUUCUUGAAGAAGAAAACGAUCAGCUACAUCGUCGAAAUCGUGAUUUAUCUCACAGGCUUCAUCUAGUCGAGCAUCGAGUCGGAAAAGCUCAAAUCGUUGUGAUGGAAAAAGUCGAAAAAGCCACCGGACACAUUAUUCAAGAGUUUCACGAACGAGAACUUGAUCUGGCAAGAAAUGUGGAGAUUCUCCAGGAGGAAAACUCGAAUUUGACGGCGAAAAAUGAAAAAUUAGAGGAAACAGUCGAUGAUUUACAUGAAAAAGUUGCGAAUUUGGAGACUUCCAAUAAAGAAUUGACAGAGAUAAAUGUGGAUAAUGAGCGGAAAAUUUCGAAUUCUAGCGAUGAAAUUUUCAGUUUGCAAGAUCUUCUAGGAAAAACCAAGGUACAACUGGAAGAGGAGACUGAAAAGGUAUUGCAAGAACGGACGAUUGUCGAAAAUUUGAAAGCCCAAUUUUUGAAAGAGCGAAAAGAAUCGACGGAAAAAAUCGAGCUAAUCCAGAAAGAAGCUGAGGAUUACAGAAAACGUAUCGAAGAAGACAUCAGAAAUCGACAACAACGCCACAAAAAAGAAGUCGAUGCUCAUCAGGAGAAAUUCAGCGCUACUGUAAAUCAUCAAAAUGCUGUAAUUGAAGAACUCACGCAAACCGUCAAGCAGAAACAAUCAGAAAUCGCCGAAUUGAAGGAUCAGCUGGAAAAGCAGGAAUCUCGGAUUAAAGGAGAUCUGAAAAGAGGUCUCGCUGCGGAUUAUCGUCAAAAGCUCGGCAUGGUAUCAUCACUCGACACACAUCCGAUCCGCACGCCGCUUUAUGAAAAUCCAUUUUAUGAAUGGAAUCAGGAAAAUAGGAAAAGAAAUGAACGUGCUCAGUGUCCACCAUCUCCUCAGCGAACGCUCGGGAUUCAAACGUCUGCAGAUCUUGCUCCCGCAGCAGCUCCAGUCACAUCUACAAAACCUCGUCAACUCGGAAACCAAAAGAAUGUCAAAUUCACGAGUUCGGGAAGACUUCCUUCGCAUCGAAAAUAACUUGAGAUUAACUAAUUUCAUUUGAUUUUUCAGAAAAAAAGCAUUUAUUUAUUUUUAUUUAAAUUCAACUCCAACAAAUAUUUCGAAAAAAAAAUCAGGGAAUCCAAUAGUCGCUGUACGUCUUUCCCUGGUAUGUACACUUGCGUCCAGUAGCAUAAAUUGAAAUUCUAUCGUCCAUAAUGCUGAGAGUUAGGCUCUCGAAUGAAUCGAUCAAACUA